CAUAUCCAGUAGUCAAAAGUGUUGGUCAAUAGAUUCGAUCUUGAAAUCGCAAAUCUAGAAAACCAUCAAACGGAUGGUAAGCACGUUUGCUGGAAGCCCGAUCCAAUUACGCAACUAAGGAUGUGGAAGUGAAACCCCCGCAAACUACGAUCUGGAGGUAUGAGAAAGUACGAUUCUGCUUCAUAUAUAAACUGACUAGCGAUUUCUGUCAGCACAAAGCCUUCCGUACAUCUUGAAAACAUGAGGGCAUUGAUCGUCAUAAGUGCCGUGUGCUUGUGCGCGGCUCUAGCUGCUGAGCCCGAAAAGAAAGAGGCCUCACCGCAGGAGAGCAAGAAACAAGAGAAACGCGGCCUUAUUGGUCUCGGAUCGCAUGGUGGCCAUGAUUUCGGCGGAUUCGAUGGCGGCCACGACAUUGGCGGUCACGAUUUCGGCGGUGGUCAUGGGGGCAUCGAGUUGGGCGGUCAAGAGUAUGGCGGCGGUCAUCACGAGCACCACGAGCACGUAAAGACCGUGGUCGUUGAGAAGAAAGUACCAGUACCUGUGACCGUUACCAAGCAUGUGCCUUACACCGUCGAGAAGAAAGUACCCAUCGAAGUUAAGGUUCCAGUACCACAACCUUACGAAGUCAUCAAGAAGGUUCCAUACCCAGUAAAGGAAUACAUCAAGGUACCAUACUACGUACCCCAACCUUACGAAGUAAUCAAGAAGAUCCCAUAUGAAGUUAAGGUACCAGUACCAAGACCGUACGAAGUCAAGGUUCAUGUUCCACAACCCUACACCGUUGAAAAGAAGGUUCCAGUACCCGUAAAAGUCCAUGUCCCACAACCAUACACCGUCAUUAAGAAAGUUCCAUACCCAGUCAAAUACGAAGUGCCAGUCCCACAACCUUACACUGUCGAAAAGAAGGUACCAUAUGAAGUUAAAGUACCAGUAGACAGGCCAUACACUGUCCACGUUCCAAAACCAUACCACGUCACCGUUGAAAAACACGUCCCUAUCGAAGUACCAAAACCUGUACCUUACCACGUCAAAGUACCAAUCGACAGACCAUACCCUGUCGAAGUACCAAGGCCAGUACCUUAUGAAGUUAAAGUACCAGUACCUCAACCAUUUACCGUGGAGAAAAAGGUACCAGUCGAAAUUGAGAAGCCAGUACCUUACCCAGUUAAAGUACAUAUUGACAAGCCAUAUCCAGUAAUCAAAGAAGUACCAUACCCAGUAGAAAAGGAAGUGCCAGUACCUGUCAAAGUUCCAGUUCACAUCCCAAUAAAAGUAUCCCACCACCACCAAGAGGGUGGCUAUGAGGGCGGUUAUGAAGGUGGAGACGGUGGCUACGAACACGGAGGGUACCACCAUUAAUAGUUGUUGUUAGGUCUUUACUAAUUGUUAUGUAAUUGCUAUUUUUUUACUUUCGCUUGUAACACGCUAAGUCAAAAAUAGUCAAACGUCCAUUUCGACAAUUGCUCAGAAAAAAAUAUUUCCUUAUUCACGAUCAUCAAGCGUGCAGUAUUAUUACUUUAGAA